UUUAGACACCUCAGCUUCCUCUUCGGGUCACUCCGAGGUGGACGUCCAUCGGGCGCUGAGUGGACCCGCGCGUGCAUCUCACGACGACGACGCCAAGCUUUGCGGCGGCGCGGCUCCGCUUCCGGCAUGUGCGUGUCCAGGUGUGUGCGCUGCGUGGGUGUGGCCCUGGUCGCCCUGGCGACCGUGUGCGCCGCCGCCAACUCGCUGCUGCUGCUGCCGGAGCUGAAGGUCCGCUUCCUGCUGGAGGGUCACGUGACCCGCGAGGCCUCCUGGGCCACGGGACUCUGGAGCUCCGGACUCCUGGUGGCGCUCGGCGCUCGAGCGUUUUUGCGGAGCGGCCGCGCGCCGGGAUGCUGCGCCUUCAGGACUCGGAUGUUGCGCCAGGCGCUGUACUCGUGCGCGUGCCUGCUGUCUUCGGCUUUGUGCUGCGUGGUGAGCGCGACGGGUCUGGUCCAAGGUCCUCUUUGCCUCUACAACGCCACCAGCGGAGCGGCCUGGGGCGUCCCCCUCCGGCCCACCGCCGACAGGGACGCCGGGUACCUUUACAACCGAAGCGCGUGGUCGGGCGUGUGUUUGGAGCCCAAGGGCGUGGUCCAGUGGAAUGUAGUUCUCUUCAGCGUCCUAGGGGGCGCCAGCGGGCUGCAGGCGCUCCUCUGCGCCGCCAACGUCGUCAACACCCUGCUGGGCGCGGUGCUGGGCCGCGGUGGGCCCCGUUUGAGUGUGACGUCAGUGUGACGUCAUCCCGCCGACGCCGUUUUUCAAGCAAAUCAUCGAUUGGCUGACCGAUGCACUUUCACAACCAACGAAGCUGAACGAAGAGCACGAUAAGCUCGUUGCCGUCUAACAAUAACUUUGUUAAAGGUCCCAUGCCAUCAAAUGACUUUUCACUUGAAAGGCUUGGCCGCCCCAAGUGUCGAGACGCUAGUCGGCGCCGUUAUUUGGACCAAAGCUUAUUUGCAUGUCGCAUCUUCAUGCGACAUGCAGCCCUUUCAAAAUGAAGAAGGACACUCUGGGCAUUUCCAACAAAAAUGAUCUAUUCAAAGAUUAUGGCCCAAAAACUGGAUGGCACGGGGCUUAAAUUGAUUUCAGUCAUUAAAAACAGAAUGGAUGAUGUAUUGAUGAUAUUUUGUCUGUUGUUUUUUUCCCCCAUAGAAUUAUUUAUUGUUAGUAAUCGUUGAUGUAACCUGUUCAUUUAUUUUUAUCAUUUCAAUUCUAUUGUCAUUAUAGAUUUUUGCAUUCUAAAUUGGUAUUAGUUUUCAAUUGCGUUAUCCAGCUUCAGCUGAUGAUUGUUGUUGUUGAUUCAACCUGUUUAUGUAUUUUUAAUGUCAAUUCUUUUUUUUUUUUUUUUUUUUACCAUUUUGAAUGAAAUAUAAUGUUGUAGUUGUCAGCGACUCAUAAGUUGUUCAAAACAGCACAUUUGUAUCGCAUCCUUUUACGCUUCCUGUGUCUCGCAGUACACCAUUGCACCUGCAGGCGGUGCUGUUUCCACCUGUAAGACCUCAUGAAGCAAAAGUUAUUUCCCUUGACACUCAUAUCCUUUUAUUCUGUAAGCUACGAUUGAAUUAUUCUGCCGAUGAAUUGAUGCACUUUAGUUCAAUGUCCUGAACAAUCCAAAACACUCUCAGCAACCGCGACCUGCAGUGCAAAAUAAAAUAAAUGUUGUUGUUUUUUCAAAUCAUGUACAAACACAGCUGGCAAAUCGGGACAAAAAAGUGGGCGUGUGGGUUAUGGCAGCGGUGUCGAACAUAGGGCCCGCGGGCCAAAACCAGACCGCCAGAGGGUACAAUCCGGCCCGCGGGAUGAAUUGGACUGUGGAAAAAAAUGACACAAGACAUUGUGGUCGUGCAGUAUAAGGAUCAUUGCGCAGUUUUGUGCCUCAAAAUACAAUCGCUGUGAUCAGUUAUUAUGGACACAUGAGAAACUGAAGCAAAUUUUCUCAAGAAGAAAUCUGAGGUCGCUUUGUAAAAUGACAACAACAAGAACAAAUCAUGACAUCUACAGAUUUUCCUAAUGUAUGAGUUUUGUUUCGCAUUAAAACA